GCGUGAGCAACCAUGGCUGGGCAGCACCUCCCGGUACCCCGGCUGGAGGGCGUUUCUCGGGAGCAGUUCAUGCAGCACCACUACCCACAGUGCUUUUACAAGGGAAUCCAGACUUAAGAAAAACAGAAGAUAUUGAAAGAAAAAAUCCACAGUAUUACAAGAAAACCUCUUGUGUUGGAAGGGAUUGAUUUGGGGCCAUGUACAAGCAAAUGGACGGCGGAUUACCUAAGCCAAGUUGGAGGGAAGAAAGAAGUAAAGAUUCAUGUUGCUGCAGUUGCACAGAUGGACUUCAUUAGUAAGAACUUUGUAUAUAGAACUUUACCUUUUGACCAGUUGGUCCAGAGAGCCGCUGAAGAGAAGCAUAAAGAAUUCUUUAUUUCAGAGGAUGAGAAAUACUACUUACGGUCACUUGGAGAAGAUCCUAGAAAGGAUGUUGCAGAUAUCAGAAAGCAGUUUCCUUUGUUGGAAGGAGAUAUUAAGUUUCCAGAAUUCUUCAAAGAGGAACAGUUCUUUUCCAGUGUUUUUCGAAUUAGUUCACCAGGAUUACAACUUUGGACUCAUUAUGAUGUAAUGGAUAAUUUCUUAAUACAAGUGACAGGAAAAAAGCGUGUUGUACUCUUCAGCCCUCGAGAUGCCCAGUAUUUAUAUUUAAAAGGUACUAAAUCAGAAGUACUGAAUAUAGAUAACCCAGACUUGGCUAAAUAUCCACUUUUUUCCAAGGCUAGAAGAUAUGAAUGUUCCCUUGAAGCUGGUGAUGUAUUAUUCAUUCCUGCUUUGUGGUUCCAUAAUGUAAUUUCUGAAGAGUUUGGAGUGGGAGUGAACAUCUUUUGGAAGCACCUUCCAUCUGAAUGCUAUGAUAAAACAGAUACCUAUGGCAACAAAGAUCCUAAAGCAGCAUCAAGAGCUGCACAAAUUUUGGACAGAGCCUUGAAAACACUGGCCGAAUUACCAGAGGAAUAUAGGGACUUCUAUGCACGACGAAUGGUCAUACACAUUCAAGACAAAGCCUACAGCAAGAACUCUGAAUAGAUAAUUAAGUGAAUGCAAUGCACAUAAACAUUUUAAUAACAUUUAGGUCAAAUACUUUAAAGGUAUAAUGAUAUAAAUUAAUCUUUAAACAUUUUGUUAAAAUAGGAAAGAUAAAUCAGAUUUAACAGAUUAUAUAAGUAGGAAGGGGUGUUUGUGUGGAUUCUACUUGAUGCAGAUUGUUAUAAUUAAAGAAUGCUGUGCUGACACCACUCUUUAACAUUCAGAUGCUGACCACUAAAAGUCCAACUGAAAAUGACUUAAACAAUAAGAAAAUAUAUUGAAUCACAAUAAGUGAAAUUUAUAGAUAGAAUGGGCUGCAGUGUUUCUGAUCCAGUGAUUCUGUAAUAUCAUCAAGAACCUUGGGAGACCGCCUCCGCACCCCACCCCCUUUUCACCCACAACAUUGGCAUCAUCCUAAGGCUGGCUACCCUCGUGGUCAUGGGAUGAUUGCCAGUAGCAGUUGGAGCCUUCCGCAUCUUCAUUUACAUGCAGUGGAAGAGUUAGGCUGGAUUCUAGGGGCCUCGUCCUAAUAUGAGAAAGCUUUCCCAGAAUUCACUUUCCAUAUCCUAAGGUCUCAUUGCUCUAAAAUAACUUAGUCCUGUCUAUCCUUGAGCCAGUCACUGGCAAAGGGUCUGGAAUAACACUUAGGGCAGUAAGGUCUACUGGAGCUGAGAGUAGAAGUGGAGGCCUCAUGAGGGGUAUAUGGGGACAGAAUGGAUAAGUUUUUAAAAUCACGGUUCUGAUAGGAAAACCAUGAGUAACUAAUAGUAUCUAUUACAUUUGCCUAGAAACAGAAUUUUAUAAGGAACUUUAAAAACUACAGAUACCUAGGUCCCAACUUUGUAGACUGAUUGAGAAUGUUUGGGAUUUGGUAUAGGAACUUAAUGGACCUCACAGGGUGUUUCCAUACAUAAUCAGCUGAGAUCAACUGGACUUGAUGAUAGUGACUUGGAUUAUUAGUUUUGUAAUUAGUCCAAAACAAAUGUUUAAUCUGAUCCUGACGUUUUUUGCCACCCAGUUUGUCAGGUCUUUUUUUUUUUGGUUUUUGAAUGUUAGAAAACAUUUACUUAAAGAAUGAAUAAAUGAGAUCCUAAUAGUGUUGUCAUUGAAGACAGUGAGCCAUUGUGUGUGGAUCUCUGCUAUUCUUUGUUCUGUACCUAGUAAUUAUAUUGCAGUGUCAUUGAAGAGCAGAUAAUCUUUGCUGAACAUAAAUGUGCCCAUGUAAAGCAAUCUCUUAGUACAUCAAUUUGGUGCAUUUUAAUUAGAGAAAAUAAUUUUCUCUAUUGAAGAGAAUCCAUCCACUUAUGCCCUAUAAAUUAUAGUAAAUAAGAAAGGAGAAGCAUAUAAAACAUUCUGAGUUUUCUAAGUGUCUUUGGAAACAGAUAAGUUACUCAGGUCAACAAAGCUGAAAAGAGUCUUGUCAGAAAUGGAAUGAUUAUAUUAGCCAAAUUUAAUUAUCAGAUUUUGAUCUUCAUUACCUUAGGCUAAGCAAAGAACUUCUUUAGUGAUUCCUUGUCCUUCAGUAAGAAAAAAGACAAAACUCCUCUUAGUGUACACAGUAUUUAUGGUCAGUUUUUAAUCCUUUUUUUUCUUAGCAAUUGAACUGAUAGAGACUAUAAAUCUAGAGUCAUGUAGAAAACUUGGAAGUAUUAAUAAAACAGAUUACAGUUGUGCAAUGAACAUUCAUCUUAAUUGUUUAAUGGAGAAGCAAACUGGAUGGUCUUAGACAAAAUAACAUUUAUCUGUGAAGCUUAUUUUCCUCAUAUUUAAAACAGAACUACCAAAAUGCAGAAAGAUAGUUCAAGGGCAGGCACAUAGUUGAUGACUUAUGCUAGUUUUUCUAUUUAAUUAUAUUCUUUUUUUGCUGAGAGAUUUGAGGUAGCUUCUGUUGCAGUAUUUAUAAUAUUUACAAAGUUAGAGAACUUUCCUUUGGGAUGUUUUAAAAUUACUUCCCUGGUCAUAGUUUUUAUUAUUAGGGUCUGUUUAUUUCAACUACAAAAUAUUUUAAUCUUUUUUUCCUACUGGGUUAAGACCAAAUGAGAUAUUUGUUUUUAAUGUGUAAAUAUUACACAGUAUAUGUUAGCUGGAACUUCUCAGGAGUUCUGAAUCUUAGUUUUUACUGAACGAGAUUUUAGAAGCCAUCUAACGAACCCAGAUUGCUUAAUGAUUGUCUGGGCUCACAUAGCUAUGGGUGAUAGAAACUGAGAUUACAGUUGUGAUCAGUAAUUCUCCAUUCUUUCUCCCUGAUGUGCAGCACAUCUCCAGCACUUCCAAAUAGAUUACACAGCUUUUCUUUGGCUAGUUUGGGGGCUUGACCUGAUGCAAAAAGGAAUUUUUUUCCUCUGCCCACAAAAUUUCUCACUGCUCUGCUUGCUACACAGAUAAGAUUCAAAAUAAAAUUAACGAUGAGCCGAGUGCAGUGGCUCACACCUAUAAUCAAUCCCAGCACUUUGGGAGGCCGAGGCGGGCGGAUCACAAGAUCAGGAGAUUGAGACCAUCCUGGCCAACAUGGUGAAACCUGUCUCCAUUAAAAAUAAUACAAAAAUUAGCUGGGUGUGGUGGCGCAUGCCUGUAAUCCCAGCUACUUGGAAGGCUGAGGGAGGUGAAUCAGUUGAACCAGGAAGUUGGGGGUUGCCUGGUGAUGGAGGGAGACUCCAUCUAAAAAAGAAAAGUAAUGAUGAAUUGCAUUACACCAGAAUGUAAUACAA